GUGGCACGAGUGUCUGGCCCUGAACCUUCUGUAGGUUAAACAGUGCCUCUCCGUAGUGUCAUCACUCCUUCCCUCUGGAAUACAGAUACGGGAGGAUCUCUCUCAGCGAGGCCUGCAUCACUCAGCAGUGGCUUGUUUGCAGGGACUGCAGUCUGACCGUCAGGCAAACGCUGCAUCAGACUGUAACAGAACGACUGCACCUCACGGACAAAGGAAGAGGAGAGAGCACUGGAGAGUCUAAAAGAGGAUACAAAACAACACAGGAGAUAAAAGAAAUGUGGGUGUGAAGAGGAGCAAGAAGGACAAAGGAAGAGAGUGGAUGAGGUGACUUGACAGGAAGAGGAAGAAGAGAACAGUGUGACGUCUGCAAAACAAAACAGUUCAACAGAGUCCUUUAAAGCAAGGAAGGACAAACACUGCUGAAUGAAUUUGGAGGAUCCCUUCCCGCUGUGUUAAUGGAACUUGAAUUAUAUUAAAUAAUCAUCAGUGUUCAUACUCAGCAGGACAGACCAAUUUCUAACAACAGAACCUGUGGUGCUAGGAUGAAGAAUCAGUGACAGUGGCUUCAGAUUUUUUUGCAAACAGCUGCUUUUAGAAAGAUUUCUUCGCUCUGUAGAGCCAGAGGACAAAAGUUAGAUUUAAAAAGAAAAAUAACCGCAGGAGCAAAAGUCCAAAUCUUCCUCCAGGUUCUGAAUGUUGGACAAGAUGUGAGUGGACAUUAGACUAGUGAGCUGAAAUCCUCAUACAGCAAAACUGUAACAACACAACUGAGCAAAAUGCCCUGCUCACCUUUCAGAAUUGGAAGGCCAAGAAAGUUCUGGAAGCAAGAUGGGAGUGACCCCCGGAUUUCUGCAACACUAGAGCCCCAGCUGUUCCAGCCGUCACUCCCGUACACCAGCUCGCCAUUCCACAAGACCCCAGAUUUAUUUGAAAUGCUUGAAAAAAUGCAGGGCAACAGGAUGGAUGAGCAGAGAUGCACCUUUCCUCCCCCACUCAAGACUGAGGAGGACUACAUUCCUUACCCAAGUGUCCAUGAGGUGUUGGGCAGAAAAAGUCCUUUUCCUCUCAUCCUCCUGCCGCAGUUUGGGGGUUACUGGAUUGAAGGGACAAACCAUGAGUUAGGUGACACAGCGGACACAGAACAGCCGCCACCUCUGUCCCCGAACACCCGCACCAAGCUGGAAUGUAACACGACAGCUACGCUCUUCCGGAAACACUUCCUGGGCAAGGAACACUUUAAUUACUAUUCAGUGGACAGUGCUCUUGGACAUCUGGUGUUCUCGCUAAAGUACGAUGUGAUUGGUGACCAGGAACAUCUCCGUCUAAUGCUCAGGACCAAGCUGAAAACCUACCAUGAUGUGAUCCCCAUUUCCUGUCUGACGGAGUUUCCCAAUGUGGUCCAAAUGGCCAAACUUGUCUGUGAAGAGGUCAACGUGGAUCGUUUUUUUCCUGUCCUUUAUCCAAAAGCUUCAAGACUUAUUGUCACCUUCGAUGAACAUGUGAUAAGCAACAAUUUCAAGUUUGGGGUCAUUUAUCAAAAGUUUGGACAGACUUCAGAGGAAGAGCUGUUUGGCAACAGUGAAGAGAGUCCUGCCUUUGUAGAAUUCCUGGAAUUUCUAGGAGAGAAAAUUGAGCUGCACAACUUUAAAGGUUUCCGUGGAGGGUUAGACGUGACUCAUGGGCAGACUGGCACUGAAUCCGUCUACUGCAACUACCGCAACAAAGAGGUCAUGUUCCAUGUGUCCACAAAACUGCCUUACACAGAUGGGGACACCCAGCAGUUGCAGAGAAAGAGGCACAUAGGAAAUGACAUUGUGGCCAUCUUAUUUCAAGAGGAAAACACUCCCUUUGUACCGGACAUGAUUGCCUCCAACUUUCUCCAUGCCUACAUUGUGGUCCAAGUGGUCAACACCUGCACUGACAAUGUUCUCUACAAGGUGUCAGUGACGGCUCGGGAUGAUGUACCUUUCUUUGGCCCGGCCCUCCCAAACCCUGCUGUCUUUAAAAAAGGCCCUGAAUUCCAUGAAUUCCUUUUUACUAAACUCAUCAAUGCAGAGUACGCCUGCUACAAAGCUGAGAAAUUUGCCAAACUAGAGGAACGAACAAGGUCGGCCUUGUUAGAGACCCUUUAUGAGGAGCUCCAUGUGAACAGUCAGGCCAUGAUGGGUGUCGGAGGAGACGACGACAAACUGGAAAACGGGAGUGCAGGAGGAGGGGGCUUCUUUGAGUCCUUUAAGCGGGUGAUCCGCAGCAGGAGCCAGUCUAUGGAUGCCAUGGGUGUUACUCUCAAGAAGCCACACACAUUCUCCACUAGCAGCAGCUUUAACCACGAGCCCGCAGAGAGCCCCAAAUUCCCAGGGAUAUCAUUGCUUGUCCCAGGCAAAAGUCCCAGUAAAUAUGGACGCCGAGGCAGUGCCAUAGGGAUAGGAACAGUAGAAGAGUCUUUGAUAAUCCCGGGGAAAAGCCCGACAAGGAAAAAGUCUGGUCCUUUCAGCUCCAGGAGAAGCAGUGCCAUCGGUAUCGAAAACAUUCAAGAAGUCCACGAGAAGAGUAGUAGAGAGAGUUCCCCAAAUACACAGAAGACCCCUGACAGCGGUCAUGUCUCUCAAGACCCCAAAUCUGACAACUCGUCCAAUCAGAGCUCUCCUGAGGUGCUCACAACCACCAAGAACAGUUCUUAUCUUGGUGGCAGGGCCCCAUCCAUCCCUGAGGGUCAUGACCUUUCCCGCUCCUCCUCCAACGCUAGCAGCUUCGCCAGUGUGGUGGAGGAGAACGAGACAGAGGCCACGGAGGACUACGACACAGGCAUGGAGAGUCUGUCAUCUGCCGGGACGCCACACAAGCGAGAUUCCUUCACCUACAGCACCUGGCUGGAGGACAGCGCCAGCAGCACCAGUACCACCAGUCGGGGCAGCUCUCCAGGGCCCAGUAAACCUGAGCGAGGGAAGGGGACAGACGUCCGUAUCAAACUGGAACGACCACACGAUCAUCAGUCCUCAUCGAACUGUUAGCUCCACCCACCUGGUUGUAUCCUGGAUCUCCAUCUUCAGCAUUCCCAUAAGUCACAAUCCCUCUGGGAGGUGAGACAAGUG